CCUUGCAGCGUGCGACUGGCCGGACACGUCGUCAACGCUCAGCGAUACGAAAAUAAAACCAGACAGGUCAAUGACGUUUGACCUGUUAUCCAACAAAUAAAAUAUAAACUAAAUAAUAAAAAUAAAAAAUAAUGGACUUAAACGAGGACAAGUUCAAGGAGGAAGUCACCAGCUUUGUGUCCUCACUGCAACGGCUGCUGCCAAAGAAGAAGGAAAUUAUCGUGGUCCAACCGCGCAGAUACAAAAAUACGAAGCUGUGUGACGUUCACGCCGAAGCCAAAAGCACUUUCCCGAAAUGCUUCGUCGGAGCCAGACUCAUCGUCCUCAGGGAGAUCCUAGACAAGGUCAAACUCGUUCAACAAUACAGCUACGGAAAAUCAAGGGAGUCCUACAAGUGUUUCUCCCAGUUAAUUCACAAGGAAAUGGAGCCGAAAAGCACUGAUGAAGGCCUACUGAUAGACUCGUCCGGCUCUGCUACUGCCACGUACAAAGAAGUCCUUGAAGGAGCUUACGAGAUGCGACUCACAUCUAGGAUCAGAGACCUGGUGUCGUCAGAAACUGAAAUAGUUUUCGAAAAGGAGAAUGACAAAUCAGUGGGUUCUGUUUCAUGUUCUGUGAGAGAUGUGGACCCCAAUACCCUGCGCAUGGUGACGCAGUGGAUGUACAAAAUUCUGCCAGAAGUAAGUUUAGGUACCGAAAUUGGACUGAAGCCCCUUGCGUAUCCCCCGGCGCCGGAGUUCUCGAUCAGCGCUCGGUAUGAGAGACCCACGUUUACAAUAACCUCGACAGCUAGCAAGGUUGGCAUCCAGGUGUGUCUUUUUAAGCAGUUUUCACCAGAUUUGCGAGUAGCGACUAUUAUAACGGAGGGCUGCCGAGGCGGGCAGACCAACGUUAGUUUGGCGAUGCACAAGAACUAUCAGAACGGUUCGGAGUUGAAAAUAUUUGUGGAUUCGCAGCGCUGCGGGGGCUUUACCUUCCAAAGGGAUAUUUUGUUCUAUGAGCCGCACAAUGAGGUUCGCGUGCUGCGUCUAAUUGGGAGCACCUUGAUUGAUAAACAAAGGCGGGUUCGUUUCGGGGUAGGUUUCAAUCUGGACUUUUGAAGUGUCCUCAGUAAGUAACACGCUGUUCAACAGUCUACAGAAUAAAUUGGAGGUGUGUGCUUACAUUUUUUGUAGAUUUAUUCGUUUGUAUAUAAGUAUACAUAGGUUUUAGUUAUUGUUUUAUCUUAUUAACGUUUGUUCCGCAAUGUGGUUUAAAAAUGUCAUUAAAUUAUUGAAAAUAUAGUUGUUGGUUUUGAUAAUAAUGUU